AUGUACAGAGUGCACUUCUCCCCGCGGAAGGAUGUCGACUAUCCCCUAAUGAAAUUCUUGGUCACAGAUCGCUUCUCACCUGCACGGUAUAUUAAAACAAAUAUCGACACAUCAGUAAAACCGAAAUUGCAACAUUUGAGCUCGAGAAUGCGGAUGGAUACCUCUUCAGUUACGGAUUCGACUGUGAAUGAUGACUUCUCUCUUUCUGUAACUACGACAGCACAACCGCCUGAUAUGCAUCAUUUGGUUGCGGCAGCCGUGUCUACUUCAGCUUCUUCAGAAUGCCACAUUUCAAAUUCCCUCUCACUUGACACUGCUCAGGUGAAUAUGCAUGUUUCAGUGCAUUCGGAGAAUAGGACGUCGUUUCGGCCCAUAAAGAAUUUCGGAAGUGGCGUUGGCGCCUCAAAUCUCAUUCUUGAUGGACCUUCUUUGAAUAAUGGCUGUUCAGAAAGCGAUAAUCAGAAGGAUUUGGAGGUCAGAUAUGAAGCUCGGCUAAGUAGUUUGGCAAAGAUUCCUGCCUCCAGACUGGGUAAGGGUAACGCAACCAUGCCUGACGGCAACGGUUCGCCCUCAGUUUUUCCACCUGCUUUUACGGUUGUACUUGGUGGUAUUCCUCCGAAUCUCGCUCAUCGACUUUUCACAUCAACGAACUCCUCGCGAAUUUUCUCACAGUCUGCUGCGUCUCUGCCAGUGACACCCUCGGCUGCCGCGAUUAUCGCUGCCCCACCUAAUCCCGAUUGCACAGGUUCCCUUUUCUUUACUUCAAGCGACUUGGCUGAUGAGAACAAUGCCCAUUCUGUGGGGAAUACUCGCCCAAGUGUGGUUCGAGCUGUAACACCAAAUCCGCAUUUGGUGACUGUGGUUGCAGGUGAAACUGGAUUGUCCGAGGUUGAUGAGUCUUCCGCGGCUGUUGCUGAACUGACGUCUGAGGAAGCCACUGUGAGCGUGGGACAAAGUGAACCUUUCGAGGAAGACAUAGACGAAUCUAUCCAAAUCUCCACAUCCUAA